AUGGGAGUGACGUCCCUCGUCGUCCUGUGGGUGCUUGUUCGAGUGGUACAAAGAAGGGUCUUUUCCUUGGACAAUAAAGUGGUGGUUAUUACGGGUGCUGGGAAUGGAAUUGGACGGUCUUUAGCUCGAAAGAUCUUUACUGAGGCUGAUAAUGUGACGGUAGCACUAUUGGAUAUUGAUAUGGACGCUCUUGAGAAGCUCCAGACAGAGUUAUUACAGUCUAAACACGAUAAAGAAGACAAACAAGUGCUUAUGUAUGAAUGUGACGUUGCUGACUAUGGAGCUGUGAGUGCGUGUAUGGCUCGUGUGGUUGCUCAUGUAGCUCCAAAGCACAUUGAAGUUUUAGUGAACAAUGCAGGUGUGGUGAUGGGAUGUCCACUUGAAGCCUUGACGCCCGAGCAAAUUCAAAAGACGUUUGCGGUGAAUACACUAGCACAUUUCUGGACACUAAAGACGGCGCUAUCGUCGAUGAAGAAAGCACCAGAGGCACUACUUGUGACUGUGUCGUCAGUGAUGGGAAUGAUGAGCAGUGCAGGAUUGACCGACUAUUGUGCGAGCAAAGCUGCGGUGAAUGCUUUCCACGAAGCUGUGCGCUUGGAGCUUUGGCACGACAACGUCAAGUCGAUUCGAACGCUUUUGAUCUGUCCUGCUGCAGUGGACACUGGCAUGUUUGCGGGCGCUUUGGCUGCGAACGAUUGGGCGCUCAAGAUCUCGCGCUUUUGUAUUCCUAUGCUUUCCGAGUCAGAAGUUGCUGACACGAUUUAUCGUGCCAUGCGAAACGGCGACGAAGAGGUAGUAGUGUCGUGUUUUUCCGGGUGGAGACGGAUUGUGCUAUCUUGGGCUCCUUCCAUUUCACGACUACUACCUGUACGAUUGUAUGACGUGGUGGUUCGCUUGGGUGGAGGUUUGAAUGGCAUGGACACAUUUGUUGGGAAGAAUGGGGGUCGUGGAAGUGAAAAGGAGAAGGCAAAUUGA